CAGCUUUGACUUGCAGUGCACCUUUCCCGGUCAACCACCACCAACAGCUCGGAUACUAACAUAACAGGUUCGCGACCGUCGUCUUUCUUUGCCUCUCAAUUUCUAUGGAUACAUACAAAGAUUCACUUUGAUCAAAUUCAUUGCGCGUUGUACCCAAGAUGUCUUUGGAGGCGGAUAAGUAUGAGGUGCUGGAGAAAAUCGGCCAUGGUUCCUUUGGAAUCAUCCGAAAGGUUCGAAGAAAGGUCGAUAGCCUAGUCAUGUGUCGGAAGGAAAUCAGUUACCUCAAGAUGUCGCAAAAGGAGCGCGAGCAGUUACACGCCGAAUUCCAGAUUCUCUCAACCCUCCGCCAUCAAAAUAUCGUCGGCUACUACCAUCGCGAACACCUGAAAUCGACCCAAGACCUCCACCUCUACAUGGAGUACUGUGGCAAUGGCGAUCUCGGCCGGGUCAUCAGAGAUUUGGCCGUAAAGGGCCAACGUGCGCAAGAGUCAUUCGUGUGGAGCAUUUUCUCGCAGCUGGUUACUGCGCUCUACAGAUGCCAUUAUGGCAUCGACCCUCCCGAGGUUGGCAGCAAUGUGCUGGGCCUCUUCAGCACAGCAUCGAAGCCCAAGACACCACCGGGCACCAUGACCAUUCUGCAUCGCGAUCUCAAGCCGGAGAAUGUGUUCCUUGGAGAGGACAACUCCGUCAAGCUUGGUGACUUUGGACUGUCCAAAAUGAUUCAGUCCCACGACUUCGCCUCCACCUACGUCGGCACACCAUUUUACAUGUCGCCCGAAAUCUGUGCUGCCGAGAAGUAUACCCUCAAGUCGGACAUCUGGUCCCUGGGCUGCAUCAUCUACGAGCUCUGCACGCGCGAACCCCCCUUCAACGCCAAGUCGCAUUUCCAGCUUGUUCAGAAGAUCAAGGAGGGCAAGGUCUCGCCUCUUCCCAGCUGCUAUUCCAGUGAGCUCAUGGGCACCAUCAAGGACUGCCUGAGAGUCAACCCCGACCACCGUCCGGACACCGCGCAGCUCCUCAACCUCCCUGUUGUUCGAUUGAUGAGAAAGGAGAGAGAGGUUGUUGAGCUUAACAAGGUCGUUCAGAAGAAGGAAGAUUCACUGGCCCGUCGCGAGAAGGAGUUGAACGAGAGGAUGGCCGAUUUCGAGGCCGACAAGGCUUCGGUCAGACAAGAAGUUGACAGCUCGCUGCGAAGAGAGUGGGAGGUCAAAGCUCGUCUCGAGAUUGAUCGACAAAUCAACUCGGAAAUCGAGGCCCUCCGGAAGCGAUUCGAGAGCGAGGUUCAGUCUCGCGUCGACGCUGAACUGCAAAAGAAGACGAUUAGCCUGGUUGCUGAGCCCACGCACGCGCUCGAUCUUGCAACAUCGCAAACGAAGUCAGAAUACCCGAGGUCUUCCGUUGGUAACGGCAGCGGAGACGACGAGCUCUCAUCUUGCACUGAUCUCACCGAUAUCUCCUCAGACAGUCCUUUCACGAGCAAGAAGGCUACUCGCACCCCAUACAGCAGAGCCCAAACCAUGUUCGUCGGUGGCCAAGGCACUCCCAUGGAUAUUGAGAUGGCAUCCCCCUCACCCAUCGCCAUCGCCUCGCUUUCGUUGUCGCCUAGACGCCAUGCCGGAACUCAGGUGCCCAAGCUUAACAACGGAAACCUUUUCUCAGGCAAUGCUGCGUCUGCUGGCGACCCUAUGUGGGACGUGCCUCGUGACAUUAUCAGCAUCGACUCCGACGACGAGGACAUUGUUCCCUCCCCAACUCGUAACAUCAAGUCGAAGCACAACCCGUUCACUUCCAAGAAUCGGCCGGUGUUGAUGUCUCAAAAGACCGCUCCCAUUACUCGAGUCAAGCCUCAAGGAUCGGCAACUGGCUUGAACCAGAACAAGACGCUGCCGUCUUUGCCCAACAUGGCAUCGAACCCCGACCUCAGCCGCGGACUCCGUGAGCGCUGUCAGUCACCUAACCGCCGAUUGAGUAAGAUUCCUUCGGCGGCGAAUUUGUCGGCUGCAAACGGUAGCGAGUCUCCCGGCGGUCUUUCCCGCAAGAACUCCACCAAGAAGGAUCAAGAGCCCCUUGGUAAGGUUGCGGCGAAGAACAACAUCAAGGGCAGAACGCUGGUCGAACUCCAGCAGGCCCGAGCAGGAGGUCGUCCCCUCUCUGCUGUCAUGUCUGGUGGCGAGAACAUGAGCCCUAAGAGGGCAUUCAAGGAUCGCAUCGCGGACCGUCGGGCUAGUGGCGGCGAGCCUGCCGCGGUGUGGGAUCCUGAGCGGGACGAGAUGCCCAGUCCGUUCCUGAUUAGACGCAAGCCCAUGGCCAGAGUCUAAGAUCAUUUCUUUUCAGUUGGCAUACAAGAGCGUUGGGUGGCGAAGAUACCAUAGCAUGCACACGGGUCAUUCAUUGGUUGUUAUUGUCGUUGCUCAUUUAUCACUCUCUUUUGU